GAUGGCCUUUGAGGUCCCUUCUGCCUUGAGAAUUCAAUGUUCCAGGUUGGUGCACAGGCAGCGAGUGCGGAGAGGGAUGUGUCCCCGAUGGAGAUGUCAUCAUUUCUGACACGGCCGGGAGGAGGUGCGCUUGCAUGGCGCUGUGUCCUUGGCCAGGGGAGGCCCUGGCAGGGUUAUAAGGCCCCUCGCUCUCUUCCUCCUCGGGGGAGAGCUCUUGGAGAGGAACCAGAAGACCCAGGAGGUUGCUAGGGUGCUGCGACGGCAGGGGAGGGGAGAUGGGAGCCCGCGGUCAGAUGAGCCCCCGGUCUGCUCCGUCUCGCGUCCUGCGCUCCUUCUGCUCGGGGCAGCCACGCCAUUCUGUGGCGCCGGCCGUGGCCCCAAAGCCACCAAUCUCCAGGGCGCUUCCCUUUGAGGCCAUCCCCCGCAGCAGCCCUAACGCCUGGGUCAACCUGUACCAGUUUUGGAGGACCAACAGCUUCCCAAACUUCCACCACAUCAUGCAGAAGAACUUCCAGAACCUGGGGCCCAUCUACAGGGAGACGCUGGGCACCUACGACUCCGUCCACCUGCUCCUGCCCCGCGAUGCUGCCGUUCUGUUCCAGUCCGAGGGGAUCUUCCCACGCCGAAUGGGUAUCAAUUCGUGGAUCGCCCAUCGCACGCUGCGGAACCACAAAUGCGGAGUCUUCCUAUUGAACGGGGAGGACUGGCGCUCAGACCGGCUCAUCCUCAACAAAGAGGUGAUCAGCCCUGUGGGCACCCGGAAGUUCCUGCCCUUCCUCAACACGGUGGCCGAGGACUUUGCCGAGUCCAUACAUCGGCUGAUCAGGAAGAACGCACGGCGCUCGCUCACGGUUGACCUCUACCACGACCUCUUCCGCUUCACCCUGGAAGCCAGCAGCUACGCCUUGUAUGGCCAGCGCCUGGGCCUCCUCGACGAGAAUCCCAAUCCGGAGUCCCAGCGCUUCAUCGACACCGUGGAGACGAUGCUACGCACCACCUUGCCCCUCCUCUUCCUGCCGCCCGGGGUCAUGCGCUGGGUGAACAACAAGCUCUGGCGAGAUCACAUGGAGGCCUGGGACGCCAUCUUUAAGCAUGCGGACAAGUGCAUACAGAAUAUCUACCAGGAGUUUUGCCUGGGGCAGCCCCGCAAGUAUUCUGGGAUCAUGGCCGAGCUGCUUCUGCAAGAAGAGAUGCCCCUCGACUCCAUCAAGGCCAACAUGACGGAGCUCACGGCAGGCAGCGUGGACACGACAGCCAUGCCCCUGCUCUUCACCCUCUUUGAGCUGGCCCGCAACCCACAAGUCCAGACAGCCCUUCGGGAAGAGGUCAAGGCUGCUGCGGUCUCAUCCAGGGAGCUCUCCAAGGUGAUGAAUGACAUGCCAUUGCUCAAGGGAGCAAUCAAGGAGACGCUGAGGCUCUACCCUGUGGGGAUUACAGUGCAGCGCUACCCGAUGAGGGACGUGGUGCUUCAGAACUACUGUGUGCCAGCCGGGACUUUGUGCCAGGUGGGGCUCUAUGCCAUGGGCCGGAGCCCAGAGGUCUUCAGGGACCCCGAGCGCUACGACCCCAGCCGCUGGACUGGCAAAGAGGACAACAGCUUCAAGGCUCUGGCCUUUGGCUUCGGGUCACGGCAGUGCAUCGGGCGGCGCUUGGCGGAGGCAGAAAUGACCCUCUUCCUCAUGCAUAUUCUGCGUAACUUCAAGAUCGAUACCGUCUCCAAGGCAGACCUCAAGACCGUCUAUGGCUUCAUCCUCAUGCCAGAGAAGCCCCCUCUGCUCACCUUCCGGCCCCUCGACUAGGGCACCAGCCCCCUCAGCCCCUUUCUCUGCCUCUGGACCAUGGAAGGGGCCCAUCACUUGGGGGCGUAGAGAUCCCGACACCCCUUCCUUUCUCUCUGGCCAUCUUGCUGCCUUCCUUCCCUCCCCUUCGGGCUCCAACAGACAUUCUUUCUGGCACCCCUCAUAUGAUUUCAUCCCAACCGUACCCCAAGGCUGGUAGAAAAUUGCAGGCUGCAUUGAAACUCAGGGAGCUGGAGAAAGAAGCCAAUAGCAGGUGACCCCUAGCCCAGGCCAAGCCUUGGGAGAGGUUCUGUUCUUGUAAUAGCACAAGACAGUGGGCGCUCGGGUUGCAAACGUGAUCCGUGCGGGAGGCACGUCCGCAAACCGCAGCGCCGUGUCUGUGCACACGUGGGUUGCAAUUCAGUGCUUCUGCGCAUGUGCAAAGCAUGACUUAGCGCUUCUGUGCAUGCGCAACUGCUAAAACCCGGAAGUAACCUGUUGCUGUACUUCCGGGUUUCAGCAGGUCCGUAACCUGAAAAAACACAACCUGAAGCAUCUGUAACCCGAGGUAUGACUGUAAUGGCUCAACCCAUUGGGAUGUCAAAAAAAUAAAUAAAAUUUAAUUUAAAAAAUCUUUCCAGUAGCACCUUAGAGACCAACUAAGUUUGUUAUUGGCAUGAGCUUUCGUGUACAUGCAUACUUCUUCAGAUACACACAAAAGCUCAUACCAGUAACUAACUUAGUUGGUCUCUAAGCUGCUACUGGAAUUUUUAAAUUUUAUUUUAUUUUGUUUCGACUACGGCAGAUGAACACAGCUACCUACCUGUAACUAGAACCAUUGGGAUGUGGUGAUCUUACAUGAUCCAAAGCAGCUUGGGUAGGAACGCAAGAAAAGUUCCGUGUCUCCCAAUCUUGGGUCACCAGGUGUUGUUGAACUACAACUCCCAUUGUCCCUAGCUAGCAGGACCAGCCGUCAAGGAUGAUGGGGGUUGUAGUCCAUAAAACAGCUGAAGACCCAAGUUUGGGAAGCCCUGCCAUAGCUGGAUCCUGUCCUCACAGUGGCCAGCAAGUUGUCUCUUCUGAGAAGACCACAGAGGAGGGAGCUGAGUGCAACGGAAGCCCUCUCUGCACGUGGGCAAAUUCACAGAGAAGAGGGCAAGUGAUGGCUAUCAGCCACCAUGGCUACGCUCUUCCUCUAUGGUCAGAGGCAGAAAUGCUUCCAGAUACCAGAAACUACAGGAGGGGCUUGCAGGCUUCCCACAGGCGACUGAGAAAACUGGGCACUCUUAUGCUUUUAUGUUCCAAGGAAGAGAGGGGCACAGGGGUUGCUCAUCAGAAACACAGGCCAACCAAAAAGUCAAAAGUAUUUAUUUUAUAAAGCUUUCCUUUGCUUUCAGCAAAGUCUCAUCGAACCCAACAUAGUCUGAAGGGUUUCCUUGUUCUCCCCUUCAAGGCAAGUCGUGUGGCUGAGCAGGGGGGUCAGCGGUGCGACCGGGACCCCCACAUAAUGUGCCCCUUUCUAGUCCAGAACUGUAAAGGGAGAAACUGGACAUUCAAGGGGGACAGGAGCGAUCAGACCAGCACUUGGGCAGCGGGGAGGCAGUCCCAUCUGGGGCCUGCUGGCAGAGGAAGGCAGGAUACAAAUAUAAAAUAAAUAAAUGCACACACACUCGG